AUGAAACAAAUUAACAAUUUAAGUCUUCAACUGGAAAUAAUUCAAACUAAAAUAUCAGGUGUACCGCCAAUUCAAACUUCUCCAUCACUUGCAUCUAUCAAUGUACAGAAUGAAAAUGAAAAUCAACAAAAUGCUAUGUUACUACUUGAAGCUCCCUCUCAUUUAGAAACAUCACCAGAAAUUCAUGAAUCUUUAAUUCCGUCUCCUAAAAAUCUGGAACCCUUUCCAUCAUCUCCCAAUAAAACAAGAAAAAUGCCCUCCCAAAUAAACAAUGAAGUCGGACAAGUCAAUCAAUUCACACAAUCGUCUCUUGAACCCAUGAAUUCCGUUUUUAAGCAAACUUUUCAUGAUGAAAUUGUUAAAAUUUUGGAUCAUUUACCAACUGAGCAACAAUUUGACGUUACUAAAAAUUUUACCCAACAAUUAAAUCAUGUAACUUAUGUUACUGCUCCUGCCGUUAAAGCUUUAAUUAGUCCUAGAUUGGUGUUCACUGAUAAUGAACUAAUUGCAAUAAUAAGACAACUCCAUAAAAGUCGUAGGGGGAAGUGGAAAAGUCGUGAGAAAUUAGAAUCACAUAGGGCACGUCGUCGUAUCAGUGAUUCAAUUCUUAAUGAAUGUCAACCACCUACCCUCAAUUGGGAUGAAUAUCUUCGUGAUUUGGAACGCGCUGUAAAUGAUCCCGCAUUGCAAUCAUGUGAAGAAUCUGAUACUGAUGAAGCUUUGGCAAAUCAAGAAAGUGAUGAACGCCCAACGAUUAUUCGGAAUAACAAUAGAGUUAUAAAGGUUUACGAUAAACCGUGGAGAUCGACCAAAUGUCUUUUACGUCGUUGCGACGAAGUUGGCGGAUCCGUUUACGGAUUAAUCAGAAAAAGAUGGUACAAUGAUCAAUUAUAUGUAAAUAACAAUAGCCAUCCAAACGAACAUAUUCCAGAUUGGUGGAUUUCCACAAAUUGGUCUCCUAAUAUCGAAUCUAAUGAAAAUCAUAAUGAGCUGAGAGAAACUUAG